UUUCAAAUGACGGUCGGAUUUCAACAUGAUGAUCUUUGCAGCACACACAUUCUACAAACAACGACCAGUGAAUUUUGAGGAGCGGUUGUCAGAGGCACUCCUGCUCGAUCCCCCCAACGACUAUUGUUUUUUGUACUACAACUACCUGGUACUAAUAUUCAACCUUCCCUCGUCUGUACCUGUUUACCCUUUUUCUUCAUCCCUCUCGACAAGGAUUUCAAUAUCAUUAUCGGGGCUCGGUCUCACGUGAAGAUAAUUGUUUUGCAACUCCUGCUUUCCCUGCUACCUACAUCGAGGCCUAGUACUAUGAGUUUUUUGUUGAUUCGGAUUAAAUUUCGAAGCAUGCAGACUCGCACGUCACUUUCGUCACUUCAAGAAUAUCAAGAAGUUUCUGUACGGUCGUGUACAGCUUGACGAGAACAAGAUGCCUGUUUACGGUUUCGAAUUUGUGGGCGAGAGCUGGAAGCACAACUUGAUCUUUAUCUGGCAUUGCUGGAUUUUAGUAUCGUGCCUGUGCCUGCUGGUCGCUCUCAAUUUUCCGGUGUCCGUUUCAGGACCGUCUGAAGAACGCGGAUUCCAGCCGCCUACCAGGUUCGGCACGGAGACGACCUGCGCACGUGAGAACUGGGGAAACAACGUUUUUGGCAAGAUCGUCUUCAACGCAGUGGCGGGCCUUUUUUUUAAUUUGUUCAAGAUUGUGGUCCUCUUCAUGGGCCUGUGCGACACGGAGUACAUGCACGACGGAUUCCGGGACCUGGGCAGCGUCAAAUUCGCUUUCACAGUGUUGAUUACAUUGCUCUCAUUGGGCAUGGACAUAGUGUUCCGACAUGUGCUGUUGGGCAUGAAGUUUGGAGGCGUCUUCGUGAACAACUACCCGCUCAUCUGCCGACCGGGAGGAGCGACUGGCACAGUUCCUGUAGCAGGUCAGGCGGCUGCAUAUGGGGGAACUACACCGAUGAUUCUGUACCAGAAUCAGGGGGGAAGCAACGUUGCCGGUUUAGGAGGCGCCUUCCCUUACGACCCUGGUCCGGGUCAUAUGGCUCCACAACUACACGCGACUUCAGGAGGGGGCCUUCAAGCUCAAGGGCAGCUACCGUCUGGCGCAACUUCUGACGAGGGUCCAAGAAUGCGUCUGGACGAAUGGAGCAGUAUUCCUGCAUGGAUCUUCCUGAUUACGAAUUACGCGAUGCAUGCCAUCUUCCUUAUCGCUAUCUUUGGAGCCUACUGCAGCGGUGACAACCGCGAACACCGGAGAAAAACCAGACCGCGGAGACAGCAGUCGCUAGCACAGGUGUAUCCAAGCACCCUCUCCGACGUGGAGGAGGGCUUUGCAGCCAGCGACGACGAACAGGGAAGGGUCGUGCCAACCUCAAGUCGCGGAAAACGAAGCAAACGAACAACCGGUGUGGAAAACAGUCUGUAUCAACCAGCAACAACGACGUCAACGCUGUACAAGAGCAGCGCCAGACGUGGUGCGGGAGGGGGAACCAUUGUAGGUACUUACCGGCGAAGUAACGACUUAUUUCAUCUUGACGGGUCGCGGCGCGGAAGUCGUAGUGGAGGUGGAUUAUUACCAGCUGCUUCUAGGACUAUUACCCGAGGGUCCUCUACUCGUGGCUAUCGGGCUGCAGCUGGAUCAUCUGGAAAUAAUCUUUUGUACGCGCCAGCUACCUCAAGUUUCAACGAAAUGCAGGAGAUGGCCCGCCGACGACGAGAUAUUCACCUUCGCGGCUUGCCGUAUAGCUCGGAGAGCGAUAGUGACCCCGCGGCACUGGAUGCAGGUCGUGGUGGAGGCAUACCAAGCUCGACAGAUGACGAGGGUCUUCAAACAAGAAGAACAACCACAGAACAUCAGCUAAAUCUAAAUCCGGCUAUUCCUCAACAUACGAGUCAACAUAGAGCGCCGCUCGCCGGUCGCAGUUCUCUUCCAGUCCGUGCGAAUCGGAAUGUCCAUCUAGCUGUACCCAACACAACAAGGCGCAAGCGAGACAGCAACUGCUCGACUAGGUCAAUACGUGGACGAUUAGCAGAAACAACAUCAUCUGCUGGUGUUGGCAUACCUAUAAGGAAUACUGAUACUACUCAAAGUACUAGGAGAGGCAUCCUUUUGAGGAAAAGCACAUCCGGUGCACAUCAGGAAGUAGCGGAUCCCGCGCGACAAUCACGGACAUCCCCUACCAAAGUCCCCGUGCAUGAUGGAGGCGAAGCGGAGCCGGUGGCGGAGCUCGAUACAGCACUCGACCAGCUCGAAGCCGAGUUAUUUGGCCCCUCUUCCGCUAGGGCCAGACUUGAUUUCUAAAGAUUAGGUUGAACGCCCAUGAUGAAUCAGCGCGAUCACCACAGUUAUUGGUACAACAAGAAACCUACCUCCCCCUCUCAAAACGUCUCCCAGAUUUCUAGCAAAUCUAUACCGAAUAAAGACAAGAACGCUCCUCUAGCAUAAUAAAGGCACCUCAGCCUACCCCACUUCACGUCGUUUUCCCCCUCUACAGUACUAGCCUAUAAUUUCGUUCGUCGAACUUGGCGGCCCUCUAAUUCGAAGAAUUUAC